AUGGCAGGAAGUGUGAGGAAGUACAAAGUUAUGGCAAAUAGAUUAGGUAUAUAUGUGAGGCUAUUCACAGUGAGUGUGUUAUUAGGAGCUGAUCUGAGCUGGUUGGGCCUGAAAGAACGGGUUGGGGUCAAUGCCCAGAACAAUGAAAGAAGGGUACUGGCACAUAUCCCUGGUGACAUCAUCAUGGGAGCACUCUUCUCUGUCCACCACCAACCACCUGCAGACAAGGUCCAUGAGCGAAAGUGUGGUGAGGUGCGUGAGCAGUAUGGGAUCCAGAGAGUGGAGGCAAUGAUGCAUACUCUGGAUCGAAUUAACGCAGACCCCACUAUCCUGCCAAAUAUCACCCUUGGCUGUGAGAUCAGGGACUCAUGCUGGCACUCUGCAGUGGCACUGGAGCAGAGUAUUGAGUUUAUUCGGGAUACUCUGGUAUCCAGUGAAGAGGAGGAGAGCCAGGGCAGGUGCACUGCAGAGGGGGGGAGUAUGCUGGUCCAGGCGAAGAAGCCCAUUGUCGGACUGAUUGGACCGGGAUCCAGCUCUGUGGCCAUCCAGGUGCAAAAUCUCCUACAGCUCUUCAACAUCCCACAAAUAGCCUACUCAGCCACCAGCAUGGAUCUCAGUGACAAGAGCUUGUUUAAAUAUUUCAUGAGGGUGGUGCCGUCAGAUAUGCAACAGGCCAGAGCCAUGGUGGAUAUUGUCAAGAGAUACAACUGGAGCUAUGUGUCUGCAAUACACACAGAGGGUAAUUAUGGCGAAAGUGGUAUGGAGGCAUUUAAAGACAUGGCAGCGAAGGAAGGGAUCUGCAUAGCCCACUCUGACAAGAUAUACAGCAAUGCAGGGGAGCCGGGUUUUGACAAGCUGUUGCAGAAACUACGCGUCCAUUUGCCCAAAGCGAGGGUGGUGGCCUGCUUCUGUGAGGGUAUGACAGUCCGAGGAAUACUGAUGGCCAUGCGACGUCAACGCCUGGUGGGAGAAUUUCUGCUGCUUGGAAGUGAUGGCUGGGCAGACAGGUAUGAUGUGACUGAUGGCUACCAGAAGGAAGCAGCUGGUGGAAUCACCAUAAAACUAAAGUCAGCAUAUGUGACCUGGUUUGAUGACUAUUACUUGAACCUGAAGCCUGAUGCCAACCUGAGGAACCCCUGGUUCCCUGAAUUCUGGCAGCACCGCUUCCAGUGCAGGUUGAGGGGACACCUGCAGGAGAGCAGCAUUUACAACCGCACAUGCACCUGGAGAGAGUCUCUGCGACAUCAAUAUGCCCAAGACACCAAGAUGGGCUUUGUCAUAAAUGCCAUCUAUUCAAUGGCUCACGGACUGCAUUCCAUGCAGCAAGCCCUGUGUCCGGGAUACAAGGGUUUGUGUGAGAACAUGCGACCCAUUGACGGCCGCAAACUGCUGGAAUUUUUGAUGAAAACUAACUUUACCGGUGUGUCUGGGGAGACCAUCCAUUUUGACGAGAAUGGUGACUCACCUGGCAGGUAUGAAAUCAUGAACUUCAAGCACAUAGGCGAGGAUGAGUAUGCUUACAUCCAUGUGGGAAGCUGGGAUCAAGGUGGCCUAAAGAUGAACGAUGAGGAAAUCUGGAGUAACAACAGUGACAUCAUCCAGUCAGUCUGCUCUGAGCCCUGCCAGAAGGCACAGAUCAAGGUGAUCCGUAAAGGAGAGGUGAGCUGCUGCUGGACCUGUACUCCCUGCAAGGACAACGAAUUUGUAUCUGAUGAGUACACUUGUCGAGCCUGUGUCUUGGGCUCCUGGCCCACAGAUGAUCUGCACGGUUGUGAGCCAAUCCCGGUGCAGUAUGUUCGUUGGGGGGAUCCAGAACCAAUCGCUGCAGUGGUCUUCUCCUGUCUGGGCCUCAUGGCUACACUUUUUGUUACAUCUGUCUUCAUCAAGUUCUGGGACACCCCUGUGGUCAAAUCAUCCAGUCGUGAGCUAUGCUACAUCAUCCUGGCAGGAAUAUGUCUGGGCUACCUGUGCACCUUCAGUCUUAUCGCUAAGCCCCACAUAGUCUACUGCUACCUCCAGCGGCUGGGAAUAGGCCUGUCUCCUGCCAUGAGCUACUCUGCUCUGGUUACCAAGACCAAUCGUAUAGCACGGAUUCUGGCAGGCAGCAAGAAGAAGAUCUGCACCAAGAAACCACGCUUUAUGUCCGCCUGCGCACAAUUGGUCAUCGCCUUCCUACUCAUACUGCUUCAGCUGGGGAUUAUUGUGGCACUACUUAUCAUAGAGCCACCACAGGUGAUCUAUGACUACCCCAGUAUCCGCGAGGUACACUUGAUCUGUAACUUGACCACUCUGGGGGUGGUGGCACCACUGGGCUACAAUGGUUUGCUUAUUCUCAGCUGCACCUUUUAUGCUUUCAAGACUCGAAAUGUUCCCGCCAAUUUUAAUGAGGCCAAGUAUAUUGCCUUUACCAUGUACACCACUUGUAUCAUCUGGUUGGCCUUUGUUCCUAUUUACUUUGGAUCCAAUUACAAGAUCAUAACCAUGUGCUUUAGUGUCAGCCUCAGUGCUACAGUGGCUCUUUGUUGCAUGUUUGUCCCAAAGGUAUACAUCAUGCUUGCCAAGCCUGAGAAAAAUGUCCGCAGCGCUUUCACAACAUCCACAGUGGUGCGCAUGCAUGUAGGUGAUGCCAAGAAAGCUACCAGCACUGGCAAAUCCUCUAGCAGCAUGGCCAACCUGUUUCGGCGCCGUGGCUCUGCGCAGGACACCAUCAGCUCCAAUGGGAAAUCAGUGUCAUGGGCACAGAAUGAGCGCAGCUACAGACCAAAUCUUUGGAAGAGGAUGUCAUUCCAUGUCAAGAAAAAGGAACCAGUAGAACUGAACCAGACAGCCAUCAUCAAGCCCUUUUCUAAAGUAGGAGACACACCUGUGGACACUGGUGACAAAGAGCAGUAUGAAGAACCACAGGUGGCUCAGCCCUUUACUUGCUCCCCGUCUCAGUCACCCCUGCCCACCAUCAGCCAGAAUGCAGUGAAGGCAAUGGGUUUCCAGGGAGGAGAGGAUGGGGAGGAGGCCCAUGCUUUACCCACCUACGUACCAGAGAACCCUGCUGGGGUCAGAAGGAGAGGUGGGGACAACAGUCAGGGUGACGGCCUAGUGGAUGGUGGGGACAUAAGUGUCAUAAAUGUGGGUGACAUUGGCAUAGGGAUGAUUGGCGGCCAACCUCAGGGCACCACCAUCAUGGACCAAAUCAGCUGUGUGGUUAAUCGUUUCACGGCCAACAUCAGUGAGCUUAAUACCAUGAUGCUGCCAGGAGCACCCCCAGUUAGCCCCACUUCCACUACUGCUCUGCCUGCAGCGGUAGAUGCUGCUGCCGCCUGUCCAUCACAGUACCUUACAUCCAGGGGCAGACAGGCCCCCACCACCGUCACAACAUACGCUGAGGUAGCGGCCAUCUCCAACUUCUGUGAGAAUCGACCAGCAGGUAAGAUGUAUGAGCACCUGGCGGGGACUUGCGUGAGUAGCAGAAGAGCCAAGGAUACGGAAGAGCUGAUGGCUCUGACACCUCCCUCCCCGUUUAGAGACUCAUCUCUGAGCUCCAACAGCAGUUCACCUCCCUCGCUGUCCCCGGCCUCUGAGGCUGAUUACGACCAGCUGCUGCUGAGACACUACAGCCAGAGUUCCUCCUCUCUCUAA